GACGCCGGGGCGGUCUGUGAGGGCAGCCCCUCGCCGGUACCGGGCCCUCGCAGCCGGCUGGGCCCGGCUCGGUGCGGAGCCCCCCCCCCCCCGUCCCGCUGCCACCCGCCGGCCUGGCCGUCACGGGUGGUUUGCCCACAGUCGUGCGAGGGGGCCGUUGGCUUCGGGGACUGCCCAAUAAGCUCCCCGUCGUUUCUGCUCAGUUCCUGCGCCGCCGGCCCCGUCGCCAUGGCCUCAGGCUCCGGAGCUGCACCCAAGGGUGCUGCGGGUGCCAGGAGCGCGACGCUGAAGAGGUGCCUCGACGUGCUGCGAGACGCCAGCAGCGACAGCGAGCAGUUUGCUGCCUUGCUUCUGGUGACCAAAGCAGUCAGAGCCGGAGAACUGGACUCAAAGACCCGUCGCCAGAUCUUUGACGCAAUUGGAUUCACGUUUCCAAAUCGCCUGCUGACCUCCAGGGAGCCCCCUUCGGGCUGUCCCGAGCACACCUUCAGGGCACUUGGCCUUACUCUGUUGGCAUGUUUCUGCACCGAUCCGGAGUUAGCUGGCCACUCCCAGAUCCUGAACAAAAUCCCAACCUUCAAUGACGUCCUGGUUUCCCCCUGUAAUCCGGACAGCACUUCCAUGAUCGAUGAUGCAUACCAGUGCCUGACUGCUGUCAUGGCUACGCCCAGGGGUCCCAGAGAGCUGGUGACCAAAGGAACAGUGGCUGCCCUCUGCCACGCCUAUGUGAAUGGCAAUUAUGGCUCUGACCGUGCCUUGACGCUGCUCUUAGGGCUGCUGGCUGUAGCAGAGGUGAAGUGCUGGCAGAGAGAUGCUCCGCACCUCCUGGCCGUGCUGAGCAAGCUUUCUGAAGAGUUUCUCAAGGCUGAAGACAUGACCAAAUUUGAGCUGUGCGAGCUUUUGCCUCACUUUAUCCCCCUUUCAUCACCACUCACACGGGACUCGAAGGGCUCUGAGUGCCUCCAUAGAAUUUACAAAGGGCUGGCCAAAAUUUUGGGCAGUAAACUCAGCCAUUCACAGCGGGACCCUGCUCUGAAGCUUGCUGCCUGCCUUAUGCAGGCCUGUGGGUCAGAGUGGAUCCCAGCAGGGAGUACCGGUAGCAAGUUCCUGGCCUUGCUGGUGAACUUGGCUUGUGUGGAGGUCCGCCUGACCCUAGAGGAGCCAGAUCCCAUGGAGACGGAGGGGAAAAAAGAAGUGGUAACGGCCUGCUAUGUCCUCAUGGAGAUGGGCAUCCAGGAGUGUCUGAAAGAAGAAGAAUCACUGCUGGAAGAAGCGCAGAAAAUGCAGCUCAUAAGGAUCAUGGAGGAAGCAUUUGGAGCUGUAAUAUUUUACUUGAGGCAGGUUAAAGAGGAGGAGCUGCAAGACCCUUUCAUAUUUGCUUCUGUCCGAAUCCUUGGAGCCUGGAUGGCAGAAGAGACGUCCGCCCUCAAGCAGGAAAUCUGUGAGCUGCUGCCUUUCCUCGUUCGUUACGCCAAGAAGCUUUUCAAAGAGAGCAGCACAGCUGAGGGUCUUCCCCAGACGGAUGGCGUGCAGGCUGGGCUGGCCAGCACUGAAGGCUCUGUCUUACCCCAGGACGCUCUGAGGACCGAUUCUACGGCCCCUUUUUUCUCCUGGUUGGAUGCAAAUGCAGGGCUUAGAUCCAGCUCUCUGCGUUCUACCUUGCGUUUUCAAUUUCUUUCCCCUUCUAGAUUUCUGCUGCCUGGCUUUUGCCAUUUAACAGCCGAGGACAGGCCCAGGGAAAUCCUCAUCUCAGAAGGGGCACCGGCGCUGCUGUGUGACUACUUCCUGCAUCAGUGGAAGGGGCUGACCUCCGAGCCUGGGUCCCUAACUCCCCUGACAAGCACUGAAAUGAGCCUACAGACUGCGUGUGGGAUUUUCCUUAACCUGGUCGUGACCGCACCCGAGCUCAUCAGGCAAGAGAAAACCUUUUGCUCCUUGAUGGACACGUUGCUGAAGUCUCUUCCAUUUCUGCUACCUCAGAAGGAUCACCUGGUUCUAGCAGCCAACGUUGCCACUCUGGGCUUGAUGAUGGCCAGGAUCCUUGCAAGUUCAGCAGUUCUUCAGGGAACCCAGUCUGCCAAGGAGUUUUUCGGAGCCACCAUUCGCUUCCUGUCAGAGGCCCACAUCACCCAAGCAGACCCCAGCAGCUGCUGCUCGGCCCUGGCCGUGUCCCCUGCCUACGCCAGUGCCUGGGGUGACAUCCGUGAGCUCUGGCUCCUGGGGAUGCAGGCGUUGGCCGGCUGCGUGCCGCUCUUCCCCUGGCUGCCGCAAGCCGUCCUCCAGGCGCGGUGGCUGGAAGGCCUCUCGGAGGUACUGACGCGCGUUGCUCCGGCCUCGGUGGAUUUUGAACUCGUUGCUGCUUUCCAGGGCGUGCUGCUCGAGCUGGCCAGAGCCAGCAAGCCGUGCAGGGAAGUGAUCCUGUCCCACCACGGGGAGGAGUGGGCCAACCUGUAUGGCAUGGCAGCUUUGGAACAGUGUCUGUCCGAGCGAUAGAGCCUCUGUUCAGCAGCACCCUGGUGCGGCAAGCGAAGCCAGGCACCCGCACGAGAUCUGUUCAGCAUUUCUCACGCACCCUUUGGUGCCAGUGACAACGAGAGGCAUUUUAACGACCAGCUUCAUAAAACCGGAGCAAUGCAGCGGAGCUCAACAGGAUUUGUUCUGUCCAGAACCCGACGUGAAGAACUGUUGGUGCCUCAGAACAUUUCAAGAUGUCCCUGCUUGACCUUCUGUCAGUACUUUGUUUUAAAAACAACCCAUUUUGUUAUUAAAGAGGUUUUCUAUUGCAUCAUUUUUC